UCCUCCAAGGUCCCCAGCUGGGGCGGGCUGGGCGCAUAUAAAGGGAUUGCAGGCUGGGCUCUUGCGCCUCCUCCACCAUGGACCCCCGUCCGCUCCCCUGGGCCCUGAUGCUCCUGGGCCCGGUCCUAAUACUGGCGCUGGGCCGCGCACCUGCCCUGGAGACGCCCGAGAAGCUGUGUGGCCGCCACUUCGUUCGCACACUAGUGCAAGUGUGUGGGGGCCCAAGCUGGUCCCCUGAACCCGAGAGGCUGGUGGCUGGCGGCAACCGUGAGCUGCUGCAAUGGCUGGAAGGACGACAUCUCCACGGGCUGGUGGCCAACAGGGACUCGAUGCUGUUACUCAGCCCUCAGCCCCUGCCCCAGGCCUCUCACCAUCACCACCGCCGCCGGGCAGCUGCUACCAACCCUGCGCACCACUGCUGUCUCAGUGGCUGCACCUGGCAAGACUUGCUGGCCCUCUGUCCCCACUGAGUCUUCCUGGGGCAUGGCUUCUGGGGAGCCAGAGACCCAGAAGGUAUGGUCUGGUAAACUCCUGAAGCCACACAGCACCAUAAAGUCCCAUAUCUGGGGAGACAUUGUUGAUUACUUCCUGGGACAGGGAACUCACCACCUACCCCAGACCACCUGUCCUCUGUAGGGUCAACUUGGGAAAAAACAUACCCCCACCCUGACUUGGAGGAUCCUUGGUUUCAGAGAGAUGCCAGACACUGAGGGACAAAUGUCCUUACCUCUGAGGA